GUUCAUCGCACUGCCAGAAAUAAGGAGAGUGUCUACACCAACGGUUUGGCAGACCAAGCCAAGGAGGCGAAGUGAAAUAAACCAACGACCCCACCAGUGACAGCUUUUUUUCUUUUUAGCUACGACUACUUUGGAUUUUGAAAACGAUUUAGACUCCGACUUCCAAAGAAGUGUUGCGGUGAAAUCCCGACGAGGCAGAGUGAAUCUCGGACCGUGCGUAAUCUGGAGAGUUUAUUGCACGCUGCGUCAGGAUGCGCGUCUGUCCGCUGCUGGUCUUCCUCUGUCUGCUGCGUGAUGGACGCACUCAAAAGUUCUCCGCUCUCACGUUCCUGCGGGUGGAUCAGGAUAAGGAGUGCAACAUGGAAUGCAGCGGAGCUCCUCGCAAGCCCCUCUGCGCCUCCGACGGCAGGACGUUCACAUCUCGCUGCGAGUUCCUCCGAGCCAAGUGCCGUGACCCCCAGCUGGAGGUCAUCCGAGGGCCAUGCAAAGAUACAUCCAGAUGUGUAGCAGAGAAGAAGUACACCGAGCAGCAGGCUAAGAAGCUUUUCCCACAGGUCUUUGUGCCUGUGUGCAACCCUGACGGCACAUAUAGCGAGGUUCAGUGCCACAGCUACACUGGAUACUGUUGGUGCGUCACCCCGAACGGUCGGCCCAUCAGCGGCUCAGCAGUAGCCAAUAAAAAACCUCGAUGCCAAGGUUCAAAACAAGAGAGAGCAACUACAAGAGAGCCAGGUAAAGCAGUCUCCUUGCAAAUAUUCUCCAUUCUAAAUGCAGAUGAGACCGGCCUAGUGGUGGAUCCACAGCCAGCAGGCGAUGACGAAGACAUCAUUUCCCAGUAUCCCACUCUGUGGGAGGAGCAGGUUCGCAGUCGACAGAACAACAGAACCCGAGCACCAUCCUCAUCAUGUGACGAGGAGCAGGAGGAUGCGAGCGAGCACAAGAACGACGCAGUGUUUGUGCCGGACUUGCAGGCUGCUAAAGCCCUGCUCCUCUCGGGGAAGGUGGUGGGGAGGCUGGAAAACCGCACAGCCAGAAACAUGACGUCCCUCCACAAACAUUUAUCAGCAUUCCACACUAUUGUAACGCUGUUGACUGGGGGAUCAUUUGUUCCAUGUUCGCUGACAUAUAAAUAUACGUACACUUACUGCCAUAUGAACCAUAACACAUGCUCACACGGACUCAUUCAGGUAUUUGUGGUUUAUUUUCCAGGCUGUCCCGGGGCAAAGAAAACAGAGUUCCUGACAAGUGUUCUUGAUGCGCUGUCGACAGACAUGGUGCACGCCGUCACAGAUCCAGCAUCCACCGGAAAGGUGGCCGAGCCGGACCCCAGCCACACCCUGGAGGAGAGAGUGGUCCACUGGUAUUUCAGUCAGCUGGACAAAAACUCCAGUGGGGACAUUGGAAAGAAGGAGAUCAAGCCUUUCAAACGCUUCCUGCGCAAGAAAUCCAAGCCAAAGAAGUGUGUGAAGAAGUUUGUGGAGUACUGUGACAUCAGCAACGACAAGGCGCUGUCUCUGCAGGAGCUGAUGGGUUGCCUCGGGGUGACCAAAGAAGAGGGGGCUAAACCAGGAGAGGGUUUAUCUUCCAGUAAACUAAAUCCCUCAAGGAAGCAAGGGUAAACCACCAUCUGAGACUUCCCCUCCCGCAUGGGGAAUCCGCCCUCAACAAUCGGCAAAAACGGAAACCAUAGUAUUUGCACUUUGUACUUUAAAAAGAAAAAAAUGUAAAUUCACUUUGUAGAAAUAAGGUAUUUAAAUCUGCUGAAUCUGUGAAUGAUGUAGUUAGCUUUUUAUGUCCAGACAAACAUUAUUUAACACAUACAAUGUAUGUGUCCUUUGUGUGUCUAAAAAGUAUACUUUUCAAAGUUGUACAAGUUUUCAUGUUCGAUGUUGCUUUUUGUCACCCUUCCCCCGCUGUAAUUUUUCCUCCAUGUUGAUGAUGGUAAAGCAGAUAAAUGGUUUGCUAUAUUAUAGUUACAAUAACUUAGACCAUACCAUCUCUCAUGUACUGAUCUAUAGCAUUUCUUCUCGUGCUUUGUACACAAGAAUGUCUUAAACAUGCAGCAUAAAAAUCUUCUACAUGUUCACAUGUAACCAUGUUUAUUAGAAAUAAAGACCUCUUUUAUACAUCUGGUUCUUUGCCAGUCUUUACGUGUCAAAGGUUAAUUAGGUCAGCGAUUUCAUUCUUUUCUCUCUAAUCCAAUUAGUCUUCCAUGUUUUCCUUCUCCUUAUACAAAUUAUGUAAUGUCUUUGCCGUUUAGUGUUUACUUGCAGCGUCUUUAAUAAAACACCUUGUUGACA